CACCUGUGUUGGAUUAAUAGCAAGCAGGGUUUGCAAGCAACACUUUUAUUUCGAAGAAUAUUCACCUGUUCUGGUAUUAAACAGGAUGAGCAGUCAUUUCUAUUUAAUGCUAUUUGUUUUCAUUCUCACAGUGCAAGCUGAAAAUGGAGACCUGCAAGGUUAUCCCUAUCCGUCCCCGCCAGCAGCAGCAGAAGUUCCAGUCUCAAUAGAGUCUGUGUCUAAAGAGCACAACAACAAAGGUCAUGGUGGAGCAGUAACAAUGCCCACAGAGAAUAGCCACCUCCAGACUGUGGCUGUAAGUGCAUCCCCAGGGACAGAUUUGUUCCAUACGCCACAUGAAAGGCACAAUUUCACGAACGCCACAACUGCUGAAGAUGCAAUUGCUGCUUCAUCAACUGGAGGCUUUGUUUGGAAAGAGGACUCCGAUUUACCUAUGCCAGCUGAGGCCACUGAAGCAAAUCUCACAUUGAUCUCUAAUUAUGAAGCUCUAUUUGAAUCGAUGAAGAAUGGCACCGUGAUGCCUGUGGCUUAUUUGUCCAAAGGCGUGGAGGAAGAGAAAGAGGAAGCCUCAGAAUUGCCGCUUCACUCUCUACUUGUUAACAGGAAUCAAAGAAUCGCUGAGUCUAUCACUCUUAUGUCCACACGACGGAGGCUGGAAGUACCUAUGGUGACUGCCACUCGUCCUCACAUAAUUGAUAACUGGGCCAAGUCAAAUGACAAUGAGGAAAAACGAGGCCAAGACGCAGAUGAAAAUGGGAUUUUGGAAUUGAGUGAGUCAGAAUCCAUCUUGCGUGACAGAAAGGAAGUUUCUUUGACUACGGAGCGCGUGAUGACAAACAUGUGUUUGAAUUGCCUGCAAGAAAAAAGGCCACCGUCAACAGAAGAAAUGGCUGUUCUGUCUGCGUUGUUCGACCGAGGCAGCUCACUCAGUCUUGGAGGAAAUGGAAAUAUGCUUACUGUAAACUCCAGUCACCACAAGGCCUCAAUGCCGAGCUCAUUUGAAGCGACAACAAAGAAACAAGAGGACAGAACAGUAGUAUUUGAUGGUGCCAAAACAUCCAAAAAGAACACAUUUGAUUUCCCUGUAAAUCUUUUGGAUGGGCUAGAUUAUGAGUUCAUACCACCCCUUUCCUCAUUAAACUCUGAAAUGAAUCUCAGUAAAACCAUGUUGAAUGAUUCAUUUGCUAGUACAUCUUUCUCAAACUCGGGAACGAUUGAAGUCAAGGCAAACACAACCAGAACAGUGUUUCUUACUUCAAAGUUGGAAAAUAUGACAGUUUCCAGAUUGAGUGAUAUUAGCAAAUAUUUUGAUAAAAGGUUGUUAUCAACAACCAGCAUGCCUUAUCCUUUAACUUCAGAGAUCUUUCACACUUUAUUAUUAUCAUUGAGAGAUAAAGAAGAAAAGAUAUCUGGGAAGACUGUGAAUCUCAGAAACCAGUCAGAAUUGGUUUCUCAAAUCCAAGAUAAUUCAUCUGUAAAACUACAAAACAUAUCCUCCAGUUUACUUCAUAGUUUUCUUGGCAAUCACACGUUGGCGGGUGUUGACAUUACAAAUAAGGACACAGAGUUUAGUUUAGAAAAUGGGGGAGGGGAAGAGCGGGAGCAUGCUGUUGGGCAAGUUAUGACAAUUCCUCUCACCAAUGCUCCAUCUCCUGUCCAUGUUCUCUCUGACCAGAACAUUGAAAACAGUGGGAUUAAUGACCCCAACAGUGGGGUUAAUGACCCCAUCAGUGGGGCUAAUGACCCCAACAAUGGAUCAAUGAUAAGUGGUAUGCUAGACUCGUUUAAUUCUCUCUUUAGCCAAGCUCGUGAAAUAAUCACAUCAAAAAGCCACACCACUGACCACAUUGACGAAUCAGCCUUGCCUAUGAGAAUGCCAUCAAUCGAAAGCCAAAGUGCAGCAACAUCCUUCCGCUCUACGAGGCAGACCACGGCAGCUGUCAAAGUUCCUCCUGCCUCUCAGGCUCUGACAGGGAGUGCGAAAUCUUUGAUGUCUGUGUUGAGUACCACUGGCCACCUGCCAGCACAGCCCAGUGUUCUGUUCAAAGAGCAGCAGCCUAUGAGCCUCCUGCCAGACGUCCCUAACAUGCAACGUGCAUCUGUAACUAUGAUGAGAACAUUGUCCAAAAAGCCAUAUUCUAAGAGUGCCGACAAUGCAAACGGUAUCGAUAAACGGACUGCGCCUCCAGUUGUUUUGUCACAGACAGUGAAGCCAAGUGCUAAAGUAAAUGCUCAGUUGCCCAGAACAACAGAGAAAGGACUUACGCUUUCCGCAAAGCGUAUUUCUGAAACCACAAGUAAGUUAGACAUUUAUGUGUCCGCCAUGAUGACGACAACAACACACGUCGAUGUGAAAAGGUCAACCGAGCAAAGACUUGCCGUAGGUCGCGGUGACAUCAAGUCGAGUGGUGACACCUUUCGAAUCUCUGCCGACAGUGCUGGGAACCUUGAACCACCUAAAGAAUUGAAGAGUGUGAACAUACCAAAGCUGAAAAACAACAGAGGACAGGAGUCUGACUUCUCUCAGCCUCAAGGUUCUCUUGAGGAGGUGACAGAAAUGACAAUGGACAAGAGCAGUACUGUUCACCAUGGGAUAAUGAAAACCACAGAAAGGCUGGCUCGAGAGGAAAAACGCACUUCUCCAAACAUGUCUCCCUCCCAUCUUUUAAUGAAACUGUUGGGAGCAACGGCAAGAGACAUUCAUCGGGCUGAAAAUCUCUCUGAAUCGCUGGAAGAAGAAAAUAAGUCAUUCUCCAGCCAAGCGCCAAGUCAUAAAAUGCCAGUGCAGACUGUGAUAACCCCAAGCCAGACACUAUCACGAAUGGUAUCUUUUAAUAAGAAACCACAUAUUGUGUCCAAACCACAGCAAAUCUCUGCCCAUAGGGUCACGCUUACAAAAUAUGCCGAUGCGUCGACAAAACAUAAGCAGAGCAAUCAGCAAAGACACUCAACAAAAGGUCAAAAACAAGUAUUCAUGACGACUUCCUCGCGAAGCACAGGCCCUCCAAAUCAAAUCAGAAAUGUGAAUGUAACAUUUAACGUCUCCCCAGACAGUGUGAAAUCAACAUUCUCUACACCUCACAGUGUUGGAAAUCUGUUUUCACUUAGCCCUGCAAAAUCAUUCAUCCCAGUUGGGCGGUCAACUAUUCAGCCUAAUAUUGCAGUAAAGACAUCUACUUCCCGUCCAUCAGUAAUUCAACAUGUUUCAGCUCAAAAGCAUCACAUCAGCAUUUCGACAUCGACAACAUCGGGAAACUCAGUCUCUCAGUCCAUAAGUGUCGGAAAACAUCUACAGCGUGUAGGACCGGCGACACCUCUCUUUGACAUUGUUAAAGAGGACGUCGUGACCUCUGACAUCACUGAGGCAUUAAAGGGGAGCCACCUUGUUCCCCUCUUACCGCCUCGUCCGUAUAAUGACACAUCGACUAGUCCACCCACCGACAAUUACUCGCCCACGGGGCCACUUACCGCCAGCCUGGCUUUGCAUCAUCGCCAAGGGCAAUCUUCUUCUGAGAUAAUGGCUUUCGGCGCUCCAUCUCAAAGCCAAUGGGACUCGUUUACAGAUUCGGAGGAGAAAGAGGAACGGCAUUCAAAUGCCUCGCAUGCUUCUGCCGAUAAUGAGCAAAUAAGCCCUUCAGAGGCUCCAAUAGUGCAUGAAGUGAAAAGUGAGCAUUCUGGGUUUAGCACAUGGGCGGCGCCGCUCGCUACCGAUAGUUCAGCUGUCACCAGCCACAUUAACUUAACUCAAUCACGACCUGAUGAGACCAUGGGAUUGAGGGCCAAGGAACCCGCCCUGCCACGUGCACUACUGCACCAGACCACUAAUGGGGUCGGGAAUGACCAUGCUUUGUCUGGAGUAAGUCCAGCGCAUGAGUCUGGUAGAAAGCUCCUGGGGUCUGGGAGUGGGUCAGAUCCAUUGGCCUUGCACCAGAGAAUUGGGAUAUCAUCCCCUGAUCUCCUCACUGGAUUAGCGGUCAUUUACGAUGAUAUUUGUGCCACUGGAAACUACACGGCCGAGAUGAACUUGAACCUGGAGCGCGACGUUCUGCCCGGAGACUUGGUCCCGGCUCUGGGGAUUCUCCAGGUGGUCAUCAACCUGAAAACCAACAACAGCCAGGUGAACCUAGAGAUAAAGUCCUGCUGUCUCUCGCCCACUGUUCAGCUUGAUGACAUCAACAUAACCUGUUAUGUGUUUUCCAGGUUACCGCUGAACCCGCGAGGAAUCAGGCUGUUACCCAGCAUCCUGUCAAAGCGCGCCAGCUUCACCAUCAGUCUCUUCCAGAUGAUUAAUUACUCCAUGGCAUACCUACACUGCGAUCUGAGCAUCUGCCUCAGGAACCAUACCGAGUGUGAGAGGCAGUGUCUUCAGCACAGAGACCUCUUCUCUGAAGAGGGUCCAGAGGCUAUCACCAAUCUGAGGAACCGCAUAUCCUUUGGUCCCAUGUUGAAAGGAGCAGAGAAUUCUUCUCUCCCGGGGGAGAUGGAUACAGCAGCUGAGAUGGAGAUUAUGCUUGUCAUCCUGGGGAUGGUGGUGGGGUGUUCGCUGAUGACGGGGACACUGCUGCUUCUCUGGAUGGCCUAUAGACGGCGGAGGGCCGAUUGGAUGGUUUACUCAGAGUCCAGAGCGUGCUGCGGCUGCCUGCGUAGAGGAGACAUGAUCUUACCAUAGCCAAGUAGGAGACAAUGGUCAAUCACUUCAGCCUGCAGACCAGACCCUGACCAGAAUCAAUCCAAUUCACUCCUAUCACACGUGACACCCGGGCAGAGCUUCUGUGGUCCCAUAUCUCACUCCCUUCACCGAAGCAGUGAAUGCCUUACCUUUACCCUGUACUAAUAUGACACAGAAACACAUGUACAGAACAGAUUAUCUUGGUCAAUUUUUUUGCAUGGUAACAAUGGCUAAUUCACCAAACAACCGUGCACAGUGAAGAUGAAUUGACGAUCAAGAGUGUUUUAUGAUCAUGUGAAUUUUAACACGAUGUGCGUAUUGUGUAUACACCAUAUUAUUAUUUCUAGUCUCUUGUACUAAGUCCUCUAACCCUGCCACUAUCUGGAAGUAAUUGUUUGUUAAAAAAAAGUUUAUUAUCCUCUCAAUGAUUCUCAAUCAUCAUCUCAAGCAUGACGCAUAUUAUCAUACCAAUUCUGGCCAAUUGCUUUUAAAAACAAUACAGAUCACGGGCUACUUUCACUAAGACACAAAUGACACAGACAACUUAUUAACAUCUCUGUCUGCACUACUUCAUCAUGAACCAUAUUACCUCAAAUGCUACAACAGUUUGUUCCUGAUUUGCCACAACCUCAAAUGAUUAAACAACUUCCACAAUG